AUGAAAAAAGUGACAAAAUAUAAAAGUUUUCCAGAGUUUUUUUUUAGCUGUAAUUCUUAAAAUUCAUCAAAUUCUUAUAGUGAUUAUAUCAAAUGCCAUUAUGAUGCAUAACUCAUACACGAAAAGAGCUAUUUUAAGUCAGAUUUAAACACAGAAUUGUAUGGAAUUCAGAUGAUUGUAUUUGUAAUUGAGGAUUCAAAUUAAAAUUAAUGCCAUAUUUGGAAUGAAUAAAAAGCUGUUUUAAUGAAUGCAGAAAAAAUUUCAUUUAGAUUUAAUCAUUUGAUAGUCUUAAUUAAUCUCAAAAGAGCUGCAUCUCUUAAUGAAGACAUGUUUAAUUUUUUGAUUGAUAAUAUUUAUUUGUGCUUUUUCUAAUUGCUUCAAAGAUUAAAAAAGAAAGGCAUUUAUUCUAUCGAAUUAAAUAAUGUACUUAAGAAUAUGUUAAUGUAAAAAAAGGGAUUACGUUACUGUGAAAAACUUAUUUAAUUCAUAUUUUUUAAAUCAAACUAGAAUCCGUUUAUUUAUUUGAGCGCUUUUACAGAUAAUUUAAUUGUUUAUUCUCAUGAUUAAAAUGUCCAAACUGAAAUUUAAUUAGUUUUGCUUGAUAAAACAGACUAUUUUGAUAACUUUAUUCAUUCAAAAUAAAAAUGUUUUUAACUACAAUUCGUUAACCUGCAACAAUACACAUAAUACCUAGAAUAGAAGAAAUAAAAUGAAAAUGUACUAUCAGUAGAUCACAUUAGAUUUCUGUUUAUGAAGGAGUUAACAGGAAAGAUAAAAUCUUUAAAUUUUCAAGAUUCUUCAGAACAAGAGUCAGAUUAACUAUUCUGGUUUUAAAUGGAUAAUUAUUCGGAAUAGUUACUCUAAGUAAUAGCUGCUUUAAAUAAUACAUCUUACUCUGAGAAAUUCCUUUAAAAAAUGACAAUCUGCAUCAAUAUUAACCAUAGAGAUAUCAAGAAUUUGUUUAAAUAUAGUAAUGAACAUAAUAAAAUUUAACAAAUUUGUAAAGAAAUUUAUUAACAUGCAUUAGAAAUGAUAUGCAGUUCAGAUUCUUGA